AUGUCUAACGACCAGUGGCCGAGAUUGAUGGCAUGGGCAAGGAGCAGGGUAGAAGGAAGCCCGGAACCACCAACGGGACGGAACGGGUGUAAUCCGGGGAAUAUGAACAGGUUCUGUUAUAAUAUGAGCCGUGGGGGUGGAAGGAGUAGAUGGGCUGGUUUACGAGAGUGGUUCAAUCGAACAAACCAUCAAGGAAGUUUCCCUAAAUGGAAUAGCGACUUGAAGGACCAGCAUGAAACGGGUCUACAAUACAAUCAUGAUCAGGGAGGCGUCAAUUGGAAGGAUCUGGUCAAUACAGUAUAUAGGCAAGUGGAGAAAAAUCUAAAGGCAAGCGAGACAAAGGAAGAAGCGGGGAGUCACUUGUGGCGAAGCCCAGAGUGGAAUCAGGUACUCGAGGGGACGGAGAGUACCAGUUGGGAUGAUAGCCCCAAGGGACAGAUGUUAUUGAUGAUUUGUGCAUGUGUCAUAAAAGGCAUAUAUCAACAGGGAACCAGACACCACCUAGGAAAUAAUUCACAUCAGGAUAUCUGUUCUCCAGUCCAUGAGAUGUUAGCCCAGCCCAAUGACUUAUGGCAAAAGUAUAUGAUGGAACCCGAAACGGAACAGGCACCUUGGUCUAAAGGGGGAUGCAGUAGUACCGAUAAGUAUCAAGGAUGUGGAACCCCAGCAAGCAGUUUAAUAAUUACCAUUGCUAGCGCCUUGAGGAGAGUAUGUCCUGGAUGCAAAGCCCUGAGGGUAGGGGGCUGGAUAAGGACAGGCAGGAGAGGGAGCCAGAGGAAGUCCUUAUAUUGCAAUAUCAAAGAAGGUAGGAUACAAUGCGCAUCCAACAGCUCGGGGGACGUCUCCAGCAGCAUCUGGGUCAGGGAGGAGGAUUUUGGGUUAUUAUUACCAAAACAAACACCCAAGCCCCCCAGCCCCUCGCCGGGCCUCGACAUCUCUCCAACCACCAACAAGGAGCAGGACAUCAAAGAUUCUCAGCCUACCUCUGAUGAAACCCCGAAUGUAUCAUCCUCCGAAGACUCCCCCAGGACAGGAGAGCAAUCCCAACUGGCCAGCAAUGCAUCCCAGGGAUCAGGGGAUCCUGGUAAAGGCGCAACAGGGGAAAAGGCCCCCCAAGGGGGGACCCAUACCGAGCAGGCGGGUAGAGGCCAGAGACAGGGGGAAAACAUUGGGCAAACUGCGGAAAGAACAAAUGACGUACCUGAAGGAGCGGCAUCCCAGUCGGAAGGGAAGGCCGAGAAAAACAUGGGAACGAAGGAAAAGAUUGCCAUGUUGGAGAAGGGGGAACCGAAGAUAACCCAGAAACCAGAGAAGGGGAGUGCGGAAAUCGCCACGUCCAGCUGGGUUGAUUCUGCAACUGGCGGUAUCAUAGGCUCCACCGUUCAGGAUUCAGGAGCCACGCUCUAUGCUCUCGUGUUCAGGUUUUAUGGUCCACUCUUCAACGUUCACGAUUCAUCGUUCAGAGUCAACGGUUUACAUUUGAGCGUUUAG